GAUUCCUUCUUCUUCUCGAAUUUUUCCGUAUCUACUAGUGUGUGGGUUCAGCUCGCAUUUCAGAUUUCUGAAUUCUGCGAUCGAUGAUCUCGAAUUGAAUUCGUUUUGCCCUUUUGAAAAUUUUCGUUGUAGUGUCGUUGGUGGCGCAAGAAACAUAGUCAUUGGGGAUCGCUUGUAAUGAAACGAAUUGUAAAGUUUGGUACUUUAAACUUUCCUGAAUCCAUCGAUCGAGUUUUACAAUAGAGGGGUUCUAGAGUUGUUUUAGGGGUUCUGUGUGGGUUAUUUGUAUAUUAGUUAGUGUUUUAUUAAGCAUUUGGGGACAUGUCUGGUGGAACUCCGGUUGGUGGUGGUGGCUACAUUAGGCAAAGACAUAGCCAAGGUUAUGCAUCUGGUGGUGAUGAUCUUGAGGACGAUGCUUGCUCUAGGCCACAACCUUUUGCGUUAGAGAGUCCUAGAAGUAAAACUUGGGUUGAGAUUUUGGAGAAUGUGCUUUGGAUUGCAUCUGCUGUCUUCAUUGUUUAUUUUGGAGACAGGCACUCUAAUAUGAUACACCUUCUGCUACACGAUGCUCGGAUCAAAAGGAUGCCUUUGUAUUUUGGGAUGUUGGGAAUAGCUGUGAACAUUAUAAUCAUAUUCUACGAAAGCAUGUUAUCGUGGAGCAUGAGAAGGUUUGAUGAGAAAUGGGAACUGUGGAGUAUAUCUGCUCUGCCUUUCAUCACCCUACUCGGCCUCAUUUCAUUUGGCCUGCUCUCGUUUGCUCUGUGGCCAAUAUGGGGAUUCUUGACUCUCCCUCUUCUGUUCACAUUGUUCAUGGCCUGCCUAGUUGUAUUCCCACAUCUCAUGAUAAUCAAAUUCAGACCCCAAAGCGAUGAACUGCGCAUAGAUUGAUCUGUAGAGGAUGGAGAUAGAGUGAAGCCCUAAAUUUUUCUUCAGAAGUCAAUAAAUCUGAAAACUGAAGGGGAUGCGUGUGUUUUGAGGUGUAUAUAGAUAGAUGAACUCACUGAUGAAUCUAUAGGGAUCUUUUUUUCCUUUUCUUUAUUGUUUUUGGUCUCUUGAGAUUGGUUCAUGUCCUGUUUCAUUUCUGAGUUUAGUGAAAUGAAAAGUGUUCUCUUCUGUCUC